CAUCAUCCCAGUUAUUACGUCUGUGCCCUUAACUGGGUCUGCCUCCAUGAUGAAAGCAGGUAAAAACAUGGCUGAAUGUAAGGUAGAUGCUAACAAGGAGCAAACAUUAGAAAUUCCUACAGAAACUAAUGGGAAGGUAAAAGUAGAGGUCAUUAGAGCAUCUAACUCUGCACCAGAACAGGCAUCACAGCCAAUAGGUGCAGUGCUUGUUAAAGAUGUGCGAGAACAGACGAAUGUCAGCAACAUCACAGUAGGAUCAAUACGCCCCCAAGGUGAAAUAAAAACAACGUUGGCUGAUGUGAGGCCGAGUAAAUCAGAGGAAGUGUCUGCCCCCAAAAAGGAAGCACAAACAGCCCAGAAAAUAAGUCAAGUUGAGCUCGUUCAGGCAGGUACUGAACCUAAACCUACAGAGGCUGAUAAAACUGAGAAAAACAGCCAAAAAGUACAGAAGACACCCAAAACCAAACAUGAGAUCAGCACCAAACCUGUGAAGUUCACUGAUGCAUCAGAUGUCACCUCCAACACUCAAGUCAUCCAGGAACCAUCAGUCCAGGCUAAAGUAACACCGCCAAGUGUGACUGGAAAACCUAAAAAGGAUGGGGUGUCGCUUAAAAUGACAUCCAGGUCCUCAGCACCUGGAGUUAAAUCUGCCCCUGACACUACAAGUGCCUCAGCACCUGAAGAUCCUAAGUCUCUGGCACAGAAAGUUACAGGCAUAGAGAUGAGCACAAAACAAGAAGAUACAAGUGUAAAAGAAGCCUUACAUGCCAGUAAAGAUGGACCACUGCUGCCAGAUGAGGUCCCUAAAGGAUCAGAGAAGAGCCUUGAAGAACUACAAGAUGUUGUCCAACUAACUCAGACUGCUGAUGAGGUGAUUAAAGCUACACAGCAGGCAUCUGAAGGCACCUCCAAAUCUAAAAGAAAGAAAAAGAAGUCUCCAGGGGAGACACCCAAGAGCCCUGAUGCUGUGGAGUCACCUGAGUCAAAGAGAAAGGAGGAGGAACCCUCUGGAGAUAAAUCCCCAAAGGGAGUAACUACAGAAAACAUCAUCCCAGUUAUUACGUCUGUGCCCUUAACUGGGUCUGCCUCCAUGAUGAAAGCAGGUAAAAACAUGGCUGAAUGUAAGGUAGAUGCUAACAAGCAGCAAACAAUAGAAAUUCCUACAGAAACUAAUGGGAAGGUAAAAGUAGAGGUCCUUAGAGCAUCUAACUCUGCACCAGAACAGGCAUCACAGCCAAUAGGUGAGGCAGCUGCAGUGCUUGUUAAAGAUGUGCGAGAACAGACGAAUGUCAGCAACAUCACAGUAGGAUCAAUACGACCCGAGGCUGAUUUAAAAACAAUGCUUGCUCCUGUAGAACCAAUUAAAUCAGAGGAAGUAACCGUCUCCAUAAAGGAAACACUUACAGGGCCAAAGACAUGCCAAGUUGAGCUUGCUCAGUCAAGUGCUGAACCUGAAGGGAAGUCACCAUCAGAAUCUCAGAUCACUGCUGAAACUAAAUCUCAAUCAAACACAGAGAAAGAUGCAGAGGAGCCUUCAAAGGGGAAGAAGAAAAAGAAAGGUAAAAAACAAGUUACAACACUGCCUAAGGACACAGUUAAAGAUCGCCCUGUCACGGCCUCUGAAGUGACAGAAACCAACGUUCCUUCAAAGAUGACUCCUGAAAGAAUGUGCUGUGAGGAAGUCAGGCAGGCAGCAGCUGUGUGCUCUGAGGCCCCAGCAGACAAAGGGGAGGUGGAGCUUUCACUGCUCACGGCAGAAAAAAACAAGCAGGAGGUCCCGAAACCAGAAACAUCUUCCAAUGUGAGGAAAGCACCCACAGAAUCAGAGUCAGCAGCUCCAGCAGAGGCUGCUGAGGCGCGGGCCAGCCCUCUAGUCGAGCAGCAGGAGCCUCCCAGAGUUGCACAACAUUCAGCCAGCCAGGCAGCAGAGUGCAGCACACAGGAGAGGCUGUCUUUCUGUGAGGCCUUAAAACACGAGGAAGACGAGAAGAGGAACUUGGAAGAGGACACACCCUCUGCUACUGCCACACCCGUAGCACAGCCUGACCAGUCUCAUCUGCUGGACACCUGUGAGUCCAAACAUCUCAGCACAAGCGAAGCCACCAUGAGGAAGAAGAUUGUGGUGGUGGAGGAGAUAGUUGAAGUAAAGAAGAUCCUCAGUCCUGAGGCUGCUGGAGAGCAGGCCCCCCCUCCACCUGUCCAAACUGAGGUGGAGGGAGAGGAGCUGGACAUGGAUGUUCUGGAGGAGAUCGCUAUAGAACGAGCUCUCUUAUCAGGGACCAAGGUGCAAGGAGCCUCAUCUGGGACUGAGUGGGACCACUCGCUGGCCGAACCCGAGGAGAAGACAUGGCCUAACUUUUUUGAAGAUGAACGGGAUCGAGUACAGAAGAAGACCUUCACAAAAUGGGUUAACAAGCACUUGAUAAAGCACUGGAAGGUAAAGGCCCAGCGCCAUGUGACUGACCUGUAUGAAGACCUCCGUGAUGGACACAACCUGAUCUCACUGCUGGAGGUCCUCUCUGGAGAGACACUGCCCAGAGAGAAAGGCCGAAUGCGGUUCCACAAACUGCAGAAUGUACAGAUCGCACUCGACUUCCUCAAACACCGGCAGGUCAAGCUGGUUAACAUAAGAAAUGAUGACAUCGCCGAUGGGAACCCCAAGUUGACCCUGGGGUUAAUAUGGACCAUCAUCCUCCACUUCCAGGUCUCCUCCUCUAUCUCAGACAUUCAGGUCAAUGGCCAGUCCGAGGACAUGACAGCCAAGGAGAAGCUGCUGCUCUGGUCCCAGAGGAUGACAGAUGGCUACCAGGGCAUCCGCUGUGAUAACUUCACCUCAAGCUGGAGGGAUGGCAAACUCUUCAACGCUGUCAUACACAAACACUACCCCAGACUCAUCGACAUGGGCAAAGUGUAUCGACAGACCAACCUGGAGAACCUUGAACAAGCCUUUGGUGUGGCUGAGAGAGACCUGGGAGUGACCCGUCUCCUGGACCCUGAAGAUGUUGAUGUCCCACACCCAGAUGAGAAAUCCAUCAUCACCUACGUGUCAUCCUUGUACGAUGUCAUGCCUCGCGUUGAUGCCCACGAUGGUCUCAGGGCCAAUGAGCUGGAGCUGCGCUGGCAGGAAUACUAUGAGCUGGUGACCAUUCUGCUCCAGUGGAUCCGCCACCAUGUUACCAUCUUUGAGGAGAGGAAGUUCCCAGGAAGUUAUGAGGAGAUAGAGCUUCUUUGGCGCCAGUUUUUGAAGUUCAAAGAAACCGAGCUUCCAGUAAAAGAGUCUGACAAGAUCCACUCCAAACAAAUCUACCAGUCUUUUGAGAGUGCAGUGCAAGCUGGUCAGGUGAAGGUCCCCCCAGGCUACCAUCCCAUUGAUGUGGAGAAGGAGUGGGGGCGACUCCACGUGGCCAUCCUUGAGAGAGAGCGACUGCUCAGGAUUGAGUUUGAGAGACUUGAGAGGCUCCAGAGGAUUUACUCUAAAGUCCAGAUGGAGUCGGGGGUGUGUGAUGACCAGCUCGCUCACCUGGAGAACCUGCUGCAGAAGGACAUGGCUCUGCUGAACGCAGGGAAGCCAGCCCAGCACACAGCAGAGGUAGAGCGGGAGCUGGACAAAGCAGACAAUGUGAUUCGCCUCCUCUUCAAUGAUGUCCAAAUCCUCAAGGAUGGACGCCACCCUCAGGCUGAACAGAUGUACCGCAGAGUUUUCCACCUCCAUGAGCGCCUGGUGAACCUUCGCAGUGACUACAACCUUCGUCUGAAGGUUGUGACAUCUUCCCGUGUUCUCCAAACCCAGAGUACCCAAAAGGUGCGGCCAGAAUUGGAUGAUGUGACCCUGCGCUACGUGGAAGACCUUCUGGCCUGGGUGGAGGAGAACCAGCAGCGCAUUGACAAAGCCGAGUGGGGAACGGAUCUGCCGUCAGUGGAGUCCCAGCUGGGCAGCCACAGAGGACUGCAUCAGACCAUCGAGGACUUUAAAUCUAAGAUUGACCGGGCCAGGACUGAUGAGAACCAACUAUCUCCUGUUAGCAAAGGCAAAUACAGAGAAUAUCUGGGGAAACUGGACCUUCAGUAUGGAAGACUACUGAACUCGUCUAAGUCCCGCCUGAGGAACUUGGAUUCUCUGCAUGCCUUUGUCACUGCUGCGACCAAGGAGCUAAUGUGGUUAAACGACAAAGAGGAGGAGGAGGUCAACUACGACUGGAGUGACCGGAACACGAACAUGACAGCCAAGAAAGAGAAUUACUCUGGUCUGAUGCGAGAGCUGGAGCUGAGAGAGAAGAAGGUUACUGAUAUUCAGGCUCUGGGAGACACGCUGGUCAAGGAUGGACAUCCUGGAAAGAAGACAGUUGAGGCCUUCACAGCUGCCCUGCAGACUCAGUGGAGCUGGAUUCUGCAGCUGUGCUGCUGCAUAGAGGCUCAUCUCAAAGAAAACACAGCUUACUACCAGUUCUUUGCUGAUGUAAAAGAGGCUCAAGACAAGAUGAAGAAAAUGCAAGAGGGCAUGAAAAAGAAGUAUAACUGUGAUCAAUCUACGACAGCUACACGCCUGGAGGAUCUGCUGCAGGACGCUGUGGAGGAGAAGGAACAGCUGAAUGAGUUUAAGACUCUGGUGGCUGGUCUGAACAAGAGUUCCAGGUCCAUUGUCCAACUAAAACCUCGCAAUCCCACCACCCCCAUCAAAGGCAAACUGCCGGUUCAGGCUGUCUGUGACUUCAAGCAGCAGGAGAUCACGGUUCAUAAAGGAGAUGAGUGUGCUCUCCUAAACAACUCUCAGCCCUUCAAGUGGAAGGUUUUAAAUCGAUCUGGACAUGAAGCAGUAGUUCCUUCUGUCUGCUUCAUUGUGCCUCCAGUCAACAAGGAGGCUGUGGACAGCGUUUCCAGUCUGGAUGCAGGCCAUCAGCAGACAGUGACCAUGUGGCAGACGCUCCAUAUGAACAUGAAGAGUCUGUUGUCAUGGCAGUACCUGAUGAGAGAUUUCACACUGAUACGCUCCUGGAACAUCACCAUGCUAAAGACCAUGAAACCAGAGGAGUACCGGCUGGUGAUGAGAAACCUGGAACUCCACUACCAGGACUUCAUGCGUGACAGUCAGGACUCUCAGCUCUUUGGUCCAGAUGACCGCAUGCAGAUUGAGGAUGACUACAACAAGUGCACCCAACAUUUUGACGGUCUGCUUCGCUCCAUGGAGAAAGGACAAAUGGCUAGUAGGCUCAAAGGUCAACAAGAUGAGACUCUGUGUAAGAACUACAUUUCGGAGGUCAAAGACCUGCGUCUGCGUUUAGAGACCUGCGAGGCUCAGACUGUGGCUCGCAUCCGCAAACCAACGGAGAAAGAGCCUCUGAGAGAGUGUGCUCAGAAAAGAACAGAGCAGCAGAAAGUCCAAGGAGAGCUUGAAGGCCUUAAGAAGGACCUUGAUAAGGUGUCUGUGAAGACUCAGCAGGUGCUGGCCUCCCCUCAGCAGUCGGCCUUUGCUCCAGUGCUGCGCUCAGAGCUUGAUGUUACUGUGCAGAAGAUGGAUCAUGUCUACAUGCUGUCUUCUGUUUACCUUGAGAAACUGAAGACCGUGGACAUGGUGAUCCGUAACACUCAGGGUGCUGAGGGAGUCCUAAAGCAGUAUGAAGACUGUCUGCGUGAGGUCCACACUGUCCCCAGCAAUGUCACGGAAGUAGAGACUCAAAGGACCAAGCUUAAGAAAAUGCGAGUGGAGGCGGAGGGUCAGCAGCCAGUUUUUGAUUCCCUGGAAGAUGAGCUGAAGAAGGCUUCAGUCGUAAGUGACAAGAUGUCCCGCGUGCACAGCGAGCGCGAUGCUGAGCUAGACCACUACCGCCAGCUGACGACUAGUCUCCAGGACCGCUGGAAAGCAGUGUUCACCCAGAUCGACCUUCGCCAGAGAGAACUCGAUCAGCUUGGUCGACAGCUUGGUUACUACCGCGAGAGCUACGACUGGCUGAUUCGCUGGAUAGCCGACGCCAAGCAAAGGCAGGAGAAGAUCCAGGCCAUUCCCAUCACUGACAGCAAAACUCUGAAAGAUCAGCUUGCCCAGGAAAACAAACUACUGAAGGAGAUUGAACAGAACAAAGAUAAGGUGGAGGAGUGUCAUACGUAUGCUAAAGCAUACAUUGAUACUAUUAAGGACUACGAGCUCCAGUUGGUUGCCUACAGAGCCCAGGUGGAGCCUGUAACUUCUCCUCUAAAGAAAACCAAGCUGGAUUCUGCUUCUGACAACAUCAUCCAGGAGUAUGUAACACUAAGAACCAGGUACAGUGAGCUGAUGACUCUGACCACUCAGUACAUCAAGUUCAUCACAGACACGCAGCAACGCCUGGAGGAUGGGGAGAAAGCUGCACAGAAACUGAAAGCAGAAGAGCAGAAAAAGAUGGCGGAGAUGCAGGCUGAGUUAGAAAAACAGAAGCAGUUAGCUGAAGUGCACGCAAAGGCCAUUGCCAAAGCCGAGAAAGAGGCUCAAGAGCUGAAGCUCAGAAUGCAGGAAGAAGUAAGCAGGAGAGAAGUUGCUGCAGUAGAUGCAGAAAAUCAGAAGCAAAACAUCCAGCUGGAGCUGCAGGAGCUCAAAAACCUCUCAGAGAAGCAGAUCAAAAACAAAAGUCAACAGGUGGAUGAGGCGCUUCAAAGCCGGAUCAAGAUCGAGGAGGAAAUUCGCACCAUCAGAACCCAGCUCGAAAUUACUGUAAAACAAAAGGCUACUGCAGAAAAUGAACUCCAGCAACUGCGGGACAGAGCAGCCAAUGCAGAGAAACUCAGAAAAGCAGCUCAAGAAGAAGCAGAAAAGCUUCGUAAACAAGUCAAUGAAGAAACGCAGAAAAAGCGUUUGGCAGAAGAGGAACUCAGUCGCAAGUCUGAGGCAGAAAAAGAUGCUGCAAAGCAAAAACAAAAAGCUCUUGAAGACCUAGAAAACCUUAGAAGACAGGCAGAGGAGGCAGAGAGACAAGUCAAACAAGCAGAGCUUGAAAAGGAGAGGCAAAUCAAAGUGGCUCAUGAAGCUGCCCAGAAAAGUGCCGCUGUUGAGCUCCAGAGCAAGCACAUCUCUUUUGUGGAAAAGACCUCAAGGCUGGAGGAAUCGCUCAAGCAAGAGCACGGUGCCGUCCUUCAGCUGCAGCAAGAAGCAGCUCAUCUCAAGAAACAACAGGAGGAUGCUGAAAAAGCCAGAGAAGAGGCAGAAAAAGAACUUGAGAAAUGGAGACAAAAGGCCAACGAGGCCCUUCGUCUAAGACUACAAGCUGAAGAAGAGGCGCACAAAAAGAGCCUUGCUCAAGAAGAAGCUGAGAAACAGAAGGAGGAGGCAGAGCGUGAGGCGAAGAAGAGGUCCAAGGCUGAGGAGUCUGCGCUGAAGCAGAAAGAAAUGGCCGAGCAAGAACUCGAGAGGCAGAGAAGAAUAGCCGACAGCACAGCUCAGCAGAAACUCACAGCAGAGCAGGAACUCAUUCGACUCAGGGCCGACUUUGACAAUGCAGAGCAACAGAGGACCCUACUGGAGGAUGAGCUGUACCGCCUGAAGAAUGAAGUCAUUGCAGCUCAACAACAAAGGAAACAACUGGAAGAUGAAUUGGCCAAAGUUAGAAGUGAGAUGGAUUUACUUAUCCAGCUGAAGUCUAGGGCUGAGAAGGAAUCCAUGUCCAACACAGAGAAGAGCAAACAACUCCUUGAAGCAGAAGCAGAAAAGAUGAGGGACUUGGCCGAAGAGGCAAGCAAGCUUAGAGCCAUUGCAGAAGAUGCCAAGCAUCAGCGGCAAAUUGCAGAGGAGGAGGCAGCUCGUCAGAGGGCGGAGGCUGAGAGAAUUCUCAAAGAGAAGCUAGCUGCCAUCAGUGAAGCCACCCUUAAGAAAACAGAGGCUGAAAUCGCCCUGAAGGAGAAGGAGGCUGAAAACGAGAGGCUCAGACGGCAAGCUGAGGAUGAGGCAUACCAGAGGAAAGCUCUCGAGGACCAGGCGAACCAACAUAAACAAGAGAUUGAAGAAAAGAUAGUCCUUCUCAAAAAGUCAUCAGAGGUUGAAAUGGACAGACAGAGAGCAUUGGUAGACGACACACUCAAACAGAAGCGAGUUGUUGAGGAAGAAAUAAGAAUUCUGAAGCUCAACUUUGAAAAGGCCUCAUCUGGAAAACUGGAUCUGGAGCUGGAACUGAAUAAGCUUAAAAAUAUUGCUGAGGAAACUCAACGAAGCAAGCUAAGAGCAGAAGAGGAAGCGGAGAAGCUGAGGAAGCUUGCCCUUGAGGAGGAGAAGAGGAGGAGGGAGGCAGAGGAAAAGGUCAAGAAGAUUGCUGCAGCGGAGGAAGAGGCGGCCAGACAGCACAAGGCAGCCCAAGAAGAGCUUGACCGUCUGAGAAAAAGAGCAGAAGAGACCAAAAAGCAAAAAGAUGAGGCAGACAAAGAGGCAGAAAAACAGAUUGUUGCAGCCCAAGAAGCAGCCCUGAAAUGCAACGCAGCUCAGCACCAGGUGCAAAGUGUUCUUGCUCAACAGAAGGAAGACAGCAUGAUGCAGACAAAGCUUAAGGAGGAGUAUGAGAAAGCCAAGAAGCUUGCCAAAGAAGCAGAAGCUGCUAAGGAAAAGGCAGAACGGGAGGCAGCUCUUCUUCGUCAGCAAGCGGAGGAAGCUGAGCGUCAAAGAGCUGCUGCUGAGCAAGAAGCUGCAAGCCAAGCUAAAGCUCAAGAAGAUGCUGAAUUGCUGAGGAAGGAGGCUGAAUUUGAAGCUGCCAAGCGAGCACAAGCAGAAGCUGCCGCUCUCAUGCAGAAAGAGCAAGCCGACUCUGAAAUGGCAAAGCAUAAGAAACUGGCCGAGCAAACGCUAAAACAAAAGUUCCAAGUGGAACAAGAGCUCACAAAGGUCAGGCUUCAGCUGGAUGAAACAGACAAGCAGAAAUCUCUGCUGGAUGAGGAGCUGCAGCGCCUGAAAGAUGAGGUUGAUGAUGCUGUCAAGCAGAAGGCCCAAGUGGAGGAUGAGCUUUUUAAAGUCAAGAUUCAGAUGGAGGAACUACUCAAGCUUAAAAUUAGAAUUGAAGAGGAAAACCAGCGUCUGAUCAAAAAAGAUAAAGACAACACCCAGAAGUUCCUUGCAGAGGAGGCUGAGAACAUGAAAAAGCUUGCAGAAGAUGCCGCCAGACUUAGUAUUGAAGCCCAAGAGACUGCCCGCUUGAGACAAAUUGCAGAAGAAGACCUCAACCAGCAACGAGCGCUUGCAGAGAAAAUGCUCAAAGAGAAAAUGCAGGCCAUACAAGAAGCAUCCAGACUUAAAGCUGAGGCAGAGAUGCUCCAAAGGCAGAAAGACCUGGCUCAGGAACAGGCACAGAAGCUCCUGGAGGAUAAACAACUAAUGCAGCUGCGUCUAGAGGAGGAAACAGAGGAAUACCAGCGCUCUCUAGAAGCAGAGAGGAAAAGACAACUAGAGAUCAUAGCUGAAGCUGAAAAACUCAGACUUCAGGUUUCUCAGCUUAGUGAAUCCCAAGCCAAAGCUGAAGAAGAGGCUAAAAAAUUCAAGAAACAGGCAGAUACAAUUGCUGCUCGUCUUCACGAGACUGAAAUCGCAACAACAGAAAAAAUGACUGCAGUUGUAAGACUGGAAUCUGAGAGACUAAAUACCACCAAGGAGGCUGAUGAUUUACGCAAAGCUAUUGCAGACCUAGAGAACGAGAAGGAUAGACUGAAAAGGGAGGCUGAAGACCUUCAAAAUAAGUCCAAAGAGAUGGCUGAUGCUCAGCAGAAACAAAUUGAACACGAGAAGACAUUGCUUCAGCAGACAUUCCUGACAGAAAAAGAGAUGCUGUUAAAGAAGGAGAAGCUCAUUGAAGAUGAGAAAAAGAAGCUGGAGAGUCAAUUUGAAGAGGAAGUAAGAAAGGCAAAGGCUCUCAAGGAUGAACAGGAACGGCAGAAACAGCAAAUGGAGGAGGAAAAGAAGAAACUCAAGGCUACCAUGGAUGCUGCCCUCAAUAAGCAAAAAGAGGCUGAACAAGAAAUGCUAAACAAGCAAAAAGAAAUGCAAGACCUGGAGAAAAAGAGAUUAGAACAGGAAAGGCUUCUUGCAGAAGAGAACCAAAAAUUGCGAGAGAAACUACAGCAGCUUGAAGGAGCCCAGAAAGAAGCUGACAGUCAAACUGCGGUGAUUCAUGUAACAACAGUUGAGACAACAAAGACCGUUUACAAUGGUCAAAAUGCCAGUGAUGUUGUAGAUGGUGUGGUUAAACCUGAUCCCCUAGCCUUUGAUGGCAUCCGUGGUAAGGUACCUGCAAGCAGACUUUAUGAUCUUGGUCUUUUACCCAAAAAAGAGUUUGACAAGCUAAAAAAUGGCAACACCACUGCUCAAGAGCUUGGAGAAACUGAAAAUCUUAAAAGAAUUCUUAAGGGAAACAAUGCCAUUGCUGGUGUUUUAACUCCUACUAAUCAGAAAAAGUCAAUCUAUCAAGCAUCAAAGGAAAAAAUGAUUACCCCUGGCACAGCGAUGAUCCUUCUUGAAGCACAGGCAGCCACGGGCUACAUUUUAGACCCCAUCAGGAAUAAAAAACUUUCUGUCAAUGAGGCUGUAAAGGAAGGUGUGAUUGGCCCUGAACUGCACAACAAAAUGCUGUCAGCUGAGAGGGCUGUUGUUGGCUACAAAGAUCCAUACACUGGUGGAAAAAUCUCUGUUUUUGAAGCCAUGAAGAAGGGUCUGAUAGAGCAUGAUCAGGCUAUCAGAAUCCUUGAGGCUCAGCUUGCUACUGGUGGCAUCAUUGAUCCCGUCAACAGUCACCGCGUUCCCAGUGAAACUGCCUAUAAGCAGGGACAGUAUGAUACAGAAAUGAAUAAGGUUAUGGAGAAACCUUCAGAUGACACAAAGGGAUACUUUGAUCCCAGCACUCAGGAACCAUUGACAUAUUCUGAGCUAAUGUCAAGAUGCAAAACCGACCCCGAGACCAGUCUGUUAUUCCUGCCAAUCACAGAAAAAGCUGCUCAGUGCUCUAGUAUAUACACAGAAGAAGAAACCAAAGAUGUAUUCAGCAAGACAAGUGUCUCAGUACCAUUUGGGAGAUUCAUGGGUAAAACUGUCACCAUUUGGGAGAUAAUCAACUCUGAGUACUUCACUGAAGAUCAGAAGAAGGACCUUCUUCGUCAGUACAAGACAGGCAAAAUCACAAUCGAAAAGAUCAUUAAGAUUGUCAUUACUGUGGCUGAAGAGAAAGAGAAGAAAAAAGAAAUUACCUUUGAUGGUCUAAGGGCCCCUGUCUCUGCCAGUGAAUUACUUGAAUCUAAAAUCAUUGACAAAGACCUUUACAAUAAAUUGCUCAAGGGAAAUAUUUCUGCCAAAGAAGUCUCUGAAAUGGAGCCUGUCAAUAAAGCAAUGAGAAGUACAAACUGCAUUGCAGGUGUACUCAUUGACUCAUCCAAGGAGAUUUUACCCUUCUACCAUGCUUUGAAAAGAGACAUGAUGAGGCCUGGGCUUGCUUUGAAUAUGCUGGAAGCUCAAGCAGCAACAGGAUUUGUGGUUGACCCUGUUAACAAUCAGAAGUACACUGUUGAUGAGGCUGUAAAGGCUGGAGUUGUUGGUCCUGAGCUGCAUGAAAAGCUCUUGUCUGCUGAGAGAGCUGUUACUGGUUACAAAGAUCCUUACACUGGGCAGACUGUGUCUCUUUUCCAGGCAAUGAAAAAAGAUCUAAUUCCUAAAGAGCAAGGUAUUCGGCUGCUUGAUGCCCAAGUGACCACUGGUGGCAUCAUUGAUCCUGUAAAAAGCCUUCGUAUUCCUCAUGAUGUAGCUUGCAAGAGGAAUUACUUUGAUGAUGAAAUGAAACGGGCCUUAAGUAAUCCAAGUGAUGAAGCAAAAUGUUUCUUUGACCCAAACACAAAAGAAAAUGUCACAUACUCAGAGCUCUUCAAAAGAUGUGUCACUGACAAGAAAACUGGCCUCUCAGUUCUUCCUCUUAGUGAUGAAGCAAUUAAUGAUAAAGAAGAGACAACGUACACUGAAGCUCAAACAAAAGAAGCAAUGACUCGAGCAACUGUGGAGCUUGACUCUGGACCCUUCAAGGGCAGAAAGAUGACAGUCUGGGAACUAAUUAACUCUGAGUAUCUUACUGAGGAUCAAAGACUUGAUUUUCUAAGACAGUUUAAGUCUGGAAAGUUUACAGUUGAGAAGAUAAUCACAAUUAUUAUCACCAUCGUGAAUGACAAAGAGGCUAAGAAACAAGAAGAGUCAAGCUUUAAGGGGCUUCGAGCUCCUGUUCCAGCAAGUGCCUUGUAUGAUUCCAAAAUCAUUGACAAACCAACCUUUGACCUCCUUCAGCAAGGCAAAACUACACCUAAACAAGUCAGUGAAAAUCCAAAUGUUAAUAAAUACCUGCAAGGCACAGAAAGUGUUGCUGGCAUUUACCUGGAACCAACAAAGGAAACAAUAAGCAUUUAUCAAGCCAUGAAGAAAAACCUACUCAGGCACAACACUGGUCUUUCCCUUCUUGAGGCACAGGCUGCUUCUGGGUUUAUUGUAGAUCCUGUGAAAAACCAAUGCCUGUCAGUUGAUGAGGCAGUGAAAGCAGGCAUUGUUGGCCCAGAACUGCAUGAAAAACUUCUAUCUGCAGAAAAAGCUGUCACUGGCUAUAAGGACCCAUUCACAGGCAAAAAAGUAUCCCUCUUCGAAGCUAUGCAAAAAGAUCUUAUUCUUAAAGAGCAGGCCAUGCCUCUGUUGGAAGCACAGGUGAUCAGUGGAGGAAUCAUUGACCCAGUCAACAGUCAUCGGGUUCCCACUGAGGUAGCAUACCAAAAGAACAUUUUCAGUAAACAAACUGCCAUGGCCUUAUCUGAACCAUCAGCUUACAAGGCAUUCUCGGAUCCAGAAACUGACGAGAAUGUAACCUACAAGCACCUAAAAGAAAAAUGCCAAAAAGAUAAAGACACUGGCCUCUACAUCCUCCCACUCUCUAAACCUCAGUCUCCAACUGUUGUGGAGAAGACAUAUCUCUAUACAGAAGAACAAACUCAAAGUGAUCUAGCUGACACCAAAAUUGACAUUCCAAUUGAAGGACUUGCUGAUAAACCAAUGAACCUAUGGGAAGUAAUGAAUUCAAAUUUGCUUCCAGAACAAGAGAGACUGAAACUCUUGGAGGAAUAUCGCUCUGGAAAAAUCACUAAAGAGCGAAUGAUCAUCAUUAUUAUUGAGAUAAUGGAGCAAAGAGAGAUCAUCAUAAAUGACAGUCCACUGUCAUACAAGACUAUAAGAAGAAGGAUAACCAUUGAGGAGCUUUACAAUGCCCGUAUCAUUGAUUUAGAGACCUAUAACCUUCUCAAACAGGGCAAGAGGGAUAUCCGUGACAUAAUGGAAAUGGCCAGUGUGAAACAAUAUCUCUAUGGCACAGGCUGUGUUGCUGGUGUCACAACAGAAUCAAGCUUGAAGAUGAGCAUAUACCAAGCCAUGAAGAGGGGUUUCAUUAAACCAGAAGUGGGUCUCACGCUUUUAGAAGCACAAGCUGCAACAGGAUUUAUUGUUGAUCCGGUGAAGAAUGAAACACUAACUGUUGAGGAAGCUGUCCGUAAAGGUGUUGUUGGGCCUGAGAUCCACGACAAACUACUUUCAGCUGAAAGGGCUGUCACUGGGUACAAAGAUCCAUACAGUGGGAAGAUCAUAUCGCUUUUCCAGGCUCUGAAGAAGGAUCUCGUUCCAGAAGAUUAUGCCCUGAAAAUGCUGGAAGCCCAAAAUGCUACUGGUGGCAUCAUUGAUCCAGAAUUUCAGUUUCAUUUGCCAGCAGACAUUGCUUUGCAAAGAGGUUAUAUCAACAAGGAGACUAAUGAGCGGCUGGCAGAUGACAUCAAAGGGUUCACUGAUCCAGUUACUGAUGAAAAACUAUCGUAUGCACAGCUUCUCAAGAGAUGCAAGCUAGAGGGUGGAUUACGACUUAUCUCACUGGGAGACAAGAGACUGACCUUCAAGGGUCUGAGAAAACAGAUCACAUUGGAGGAGCUGAUUCGUUCUCAAAUUAUUGACCAGCAAACUGUCACUGAACUAAAUGAAGGUUUGCUUUCAGUGGAGGAGGUCAGCAAAAGACUAUCAAGAUACCUUCAGGGUACAUGCUGUAUUGCUGGUGUAUUUUUAGAGUCAACCAAAGAACGUCUGUCAAUAUACCAGGCCAUGAAGAAGAGCAUGAUUAGACCAGGAACUGCCUUUGAACUCCUUGAAGCCCAGGCAGCCACAGGGUAUGUCAUCGAUCCAAUCAAGAACCUUAAAUUGACGGUCAAUGAAGCAGUAAAAAUGGGAAUUGUAGGACCAGAAUUCAAAGACAAACUUCUGUCUGCUGAGCGGGCAGUGACUGGUUAUAGAGAUCCUUAUUCUGGCAAGACAAUCUCUCUGUUCCAAGCAAUGAAAAAGGGGCUUAUCCUGAAAGAUCAUGGUAUCCGUCUCCUAGAAGCCCAGAUUGCCACUGGAGGAAUUAUUGACCCAGAGGAAAGUCAUCGUUUGCCAGUUGAGGUGGCCUACAAUCGUGGUUUCUUUGAUGAAGAAAUGAAUGAGAUCUUGUCAGAUCCAUCUGAUGAUACCAAGGGCUUCUUUGAUCCUAAUACAGAAGAAAACCUGACCUACCUUCAGCUGAUGGAGAGGUGUAUCACUGAUCCUGACACUGGACUGGUACUUCUGUUACUGAAAGAAAAGAAGCGUGAAAAUAAGACUUCUUCCAAAUCCUCUGUUCGGAAACGCAGAAUUGUCAUUGUAGACCCAGAGACAGGCAAAGAAAUGACAGUUUAUGAGGCCUACAGAAAGGGGCUCAUUGACCAUCAAACCUACUUGGAGCUUGCAGAGCAGGAGUGUGAAUGGGAGGAGAUCACAAUGACCUCUACUGAUGAUUCUGUAAAAUCCUUAAUCAUUGACAGAAGGUCUGGUAGACAAUAUGAUGUUGACGAUGCCCUCUCACGAGGACUCAUUGACCAGAAAGCUCUAGACACAUAUCGAGCUGGAAACCUGUCAAUCACAGAGUUUGCAGACAUGCUCUCUGGAGGUGCUAGUGGUUUCCGUUCACGCUCAUCCUCAUUUGGUUCCACUACCGGUUCAACUUACUCAUCUACCAUGAGCCCUAUACCUUCUGUUAAACCACCUGCAAUAAACUGGAAUGACCCAUCAGAGGAGACUGGUCCCAUAGCAGGAAUAUUAGACAUAGACACACUGGAGAAAGUGUCUAUCACUGAGGCUAUACACAGAAACUUAGUAGACAACAUCACAGGCCAAAGACUGUUGGAGGCCCAAGCCUGUACAGGAGGUAUAAUAGACCCCACAAGUGGAGAGAAGUUCACAGUUGCUGAUGCUACAGAAAAGGCCUUGGUAGAUAAAGUCAUGGUUGACCGCCUUAACCUGGCACAAAAAGCUUUCAAUGGAUUUGAGGAUCCCAGAACUAAAGUGAAGAUGUCUGCCUCCCAGGCCCUAAAGAAAGGUUGGUUGUAUUAUGAGGCCGGCCAGCGUUUCCUUGAGGUUCAGUAUUUGACUGGUGGUCUUAUUGAACCUGAUAUUGAGGGCAGAGUAUCCAUAGAUGAAUCCAUCAGAAAAGGAACCAUUGAUGCUCGCACCGCCCAGAAACUGAGGGAUGUCAGUGCUUAUUCUAAAUACCUAACAUGUCCAAAAACCAAACUGAAAAUCUCCUUCAAAGAUGCCAUGGACAGAAGCAUGGUUGAAGAAGGAUCUGGCUUAAGGCUUCUGGAGGCCUCCUCUCAGUCUAGCAAAGGCCUCUACAGCCCAUACAAUGCCAGUGGCUCUGGAUCUGCAUAUGGCUCUCGAAGUGGCUCGAGGACAGGAUCCCGAUCAGGCUCCAGAAGAGGCAGCAUUGAUGCUGGCUCAGGCUUUGGCAUGAACUUCUCAUCCUCCUCCUUCACAUCCUCAUCCACCUACACUCGCAGAUUCUGAUGAGCUUGUCCUGUUCUUCAUUGUAACUAAAAGCAAGCAAUACUAAUGCACUUCAUAGUUGCAUUUUCUAACACCAAAAAAAUAGUUACAAUAACAAAAAAAUUAUAAUUUAUUUAUUCAUUAUAUCUUGUAGUCACAACAAAACUUGCCUGGGCUUUUCAUUUUAUUAUAUAUUUUUUUCAUUCUUUUAUCUAUAGUAUCCAUGUGGACAGCUGCCUCAUGUGUGAGGGUAUGGCAAAACUAUAAACACAAAAUAUAAAUCUAUUCUGCUACAGAUUGCAAAGUCAGAUCAUGUUUUCAAAGUAAAGCCUUAUUAUUCUGCUGUUCUAAGUAAACUAUGUUUAGUUUUUACACCUGUUCAAAUUAUGUUUUCUAGUGCUUCCUGGAACUAUUACUGUUUGCCUAUCAAAAAGAAAUUAUUUUAAUUAUUCCUUUUUAGUGUUUGAGUUUUGACAUUUUUUUGAAAAACAAAUUAUUGUUUUAUAACUUUUUGUCUGCAGUAGUGAUGACAUGGUGACUCAACAUAGUUCUAAUGAUUUUAACUAAAGCAUCCAGAUGCCUUAAUGACUUAACUGUUUGUAUAGAGCGUGAGCAGAUGUUGUUUUUCUUUAAGUGUUUUAUGUUGCCUGGUUUACUGUGUGCUGUACUGAAUUAACUGCAGUACACUUUCUUUAUGUAAAACACUACAAAACGAGAUACACUAGAGUUCUUCAAAGAAAGUAAAUCUGUGCAGACUGUUAUGAAACUACUUCUCCUUUUGUCAGUACUUGUGGCCGUCUGUGGUCAGUGGACAAGUUAAUUGCUUUGUUUUAUACACUCCAAAUUUUGGAAUUCUUAAAACUUCCAUCAACUAAGUGUUCCAGUUAAAUCCCAAGGAGAUGCCAGGCUCAUUCCUGCUCCCCCUCACAGACCCGCCACCAGUUACUUUAACUCCUCUGCAUCGCUCUCUACAAAUCCAACACGUGUGCACAAAAACUCAGUUGGACAGAUCGUGUAGCCUCCCCACCAUCGAUGGCCUCGUGGGUCCGGGUCAUCCUCAUGCAGUAAACCAGAUCUGCCUUAAAGAGUCCUUUCUUCCAUUGUGCAUCACAUUUGAGGGAAAGCUGGGACUGAGUCUACUUCAUCUUGGGAUGCUGCUUUCUGAAAACACUCUUUACUCAUAAACUUUAUUUAUGUAAUUCACUUGAAUGAACACCAAAACAAACAUUUAUGGAUUAAACUAUUCUCAGAUAAUUCACUCCUUUAUGAAAACGGGGACAUUUCAUAAAAAAUACACCUUUUUUCAGUUUUCAGUUAUGGUCCACUGAUUACAUUAUUGUUUUAUCUCUUCUAGUGAAUCCAUUUUUAUCAAAGUUCCUGUUUCAGAAAAUUUCAAUUGUGUGAAUGAAUGUAUUAUAUCAUAUUCACAACUUUCAGUUGAUGUUUUGCCACAUAUUUGCUUUGUUUUGUGCUUUUUUUCUUCCACAUUAUGCAUUUCUGAACACCUUUGAAUUGAUCGAACCAUGAUUUUGUUAUGAUGAAUGUGCCUUGCAUGUUUUACUCAUUUUACAAUAGACAUUAAAAAAAAAUGUUUGUGUAAAAAUAUUUUAAAAUGUUAGCGCCUGGCUAGCUUUGCCUUCAGGAUAAAUGUUUCUACAGAUAAGAAUUAUUAUUUUGCUGUAUGUACCACUAUACUGUUAAUAAAUGUGCUCUAAACUGGCACUCUUGCCAUUCA